AUGCUCCCACUGUUUUCUCUGAUCUACACCUUGACGGUGGCUGAAGAGUGGAAACCAGAUAACAUCGAAUCAGUUGGUCGAGGCUAUAGUAGCAGUCGAUUCUCGAUGGAGCACGUCGUGAGUAUUUAUGAUCCCUGUGGCCGGAUUGCUUUGUUGAUCGUGCCCUUGAACUACGAAGAGAGGUACCUUACGGUGGUUGCGCAAGAAAACACACUAAACAACUAUCUUGACUCUAGCAGACCUCAGACAAGCGCAUCAUCCGCUCCAACAUACAGCGAGAAGUUUUUGGUCGACAACAAGAAACAAGCUGAGAUUCAUGUCUACCCAGAAGUAGCUGGAAAAGUUGUCCCACUCAAAACCCCCUAUCCAAACGCGGUCGCCCACAACCAGGAACAGGGUGCCUUCCUGCCUCUUGCACCUCAUCGGCGAUACUGUAGGAUGUCUAAGAAGGCGUUUCUUAUUGUGUUAGGUGUCGUUGCCAUCGCCGUUGUUAGGGUCGCAGCAGGUGCAAUUGGUGCAUCACUGGGUUCACGAAAGUCCCCGAAAGAUACGAUUACUUCUCUGCUCCGCGUACUUGUUCACACUACCACGAUAUCCGUCAGAUGUUCUUCGAAAGCCACUGUAGCCACUGGAGGCUCGCAAACCGGGAAUCCCGUCACAGCAGGCUCUUCAGUCCCAACAUCCUCCACCUUUUCAGCAACUCCACUUGACACCACCGCCUCGAUCGGUUCUAUUGCAGCAGCUACGGCAGAAGACCCUGCUCGUAAAGGCUUGAACAUCACGUACCGAACGCGCUCAGGAAAGGUCAGCUUCGCUGUAGCGCAGGCUUUACCACUUAAAACUGCACCAAAGAUAGGAACUGCGUUGGCCGCUUCCGAUUUUCUGGAUGCCAAUUCCAACUACAUGCUCGUCAUCUACCAGGAUGCAUCCAAUGAUAUCAUUUGUGCCAACUUCGCGAGCUCCCUUGGUACCAACAGUCUGACGCCCACCAAGAGCACGCAAAUCGCAGGAGGGACAAUGGCUCAUACUUCCUCCUCGCCCGCUCUCGUCUAUCUCGGGGCUGACGGUGGUUCCUGGCGGGCAUAUUACUAA